GCGCACGGCUUGGAGAAACAGGUGGGCAAAUCUCUGGAUUACCUGGAGCAGGGCCCGUCCGGCACAGUCUUCAAGAGCCUCCCGCACGGGUCAGGAGUCGUCAAACCCCCGUACCAAACGUCCAGGAUAUUCUCCACGAUGGACCACGCGCCCGUCAAACCCAAACCGCCCACCUUCAGCUUCCAGAACCCGUACGAAUGGGCCCGCAACCAGUCCCAACUCCUGGAGCAAACAGGCUACCGACCCAAACGCAAACCUUCCCUCAAAACCUCAAUGAAAACUAAAAAGAUCUUCGGCUGGGGCGACUUCUACUUCAACGUCAAGACGCUCAAGUUCAGCCUUCUGGUGACCGGGAAAAUCGUGGAUCACGUCAACGGGACGUUCACCGUCUACUUUCGCCACAACUCCUCGAGUCUCGGGAACGUGUCGGUCAGCAUCGUCCCACCAUCUAAAGUGGUCGAGUUCGAGGUUCUCCAACAGCAAAGCCCGAUUCAUCCUGAGAUCCAGUUCCACCCGCCUCAACAAUCCACGAUCGACCCCAAAGACAUCAAAACCUUCAAUUGCCGAGUCGAGUACGAAAAAACUGAUCGCUCCAAGAAGCCGAAACCCUGCCUGUACGACCCGUCGCAAACCUGCUUCACCGAGAACACGCAGUCGCACUCGUCCUGGCUCUGCGCGAAACCCUUCAAAGUCAUCUGCAUCUUCAUCUCCUUCUUCAGCAUCGAUUACAAGCUGGUGCAGAAGGUCUGUCCGGACUACAACUUUCAGAGCGAACAUCCGUACCUCGGAUGAAGCGGACGUGUUUUCCGGUGAUUUUUUCGAUCUAAGUUUUCUUUGUAUAUAGAAAGAACAACCCUAAUCCGUUCAGCUCUUAAAGGGAUAGUUCACCCAAAAAAUGAAAAUUACCCCGGGAUUUACUCACUCUCAAGUCAUCCUAGGUGUAUAUGACAUU